AUGCCGGUCCGAUGCACAGCAAAAACUGUGCUGUCGCUAUCGCUUUUGAGCCGCGUCUGCGGCGGACCCCUUCGCUUGAAGCGAAUGGUGGCCGCCCGGGAUGUGGAAGCUGCCUUGAACGACACCAAGUUCGCGCCGCACGGGGCCGCCGGCAACGGCGCCCCGGUGUUCCUCUCGGAGGAAGGCGAUCUCUAUUUGUACCAUGGACCGAAAUGCGAAGCUGGUCACAGCGGUAUCCGUUGGUACUUGAUCAAGUCCCUCGGCUUGGCUGAGUCGGGUGAGGUUGAACUUUUCACCCAUCGUUGGAGAGCCUUGGACCUGCCAUGUUUCAAGGUGGAAACGCCCAUCGGAACUGAGGUGGUAGCAGGGAGCAUCUUCGACCGUGUCAACAAGACGAUUCAAAUCACCAGCCCACUCUGCAGCUCGCGAAAGGCCUUGAUGAAUGACGUCUUCCAGCUGCAGGGUGAGACGGACAACGGAGCGCCUCUGUUCAAGUCAUUGAGGGGCAACUAUCUCUACCAUGGUCCUCGUUGUGGCAUUGGACAGACUGGAAAGAAGUGGAUCAUCAGCCCUUUGCUGUGUUCCCAAGGUUUCAGCCUCGCAUAUCGUCAGACAGAGGACGGUACUGCACCGCCCUUGGAUGAUGAGUGGAUGGUGAAUUGUGACAGGAGUGGAUGGCAACUGGCGGACAUUCAGUUCAGUGUAGUGCCCAUGAUUGGCCGCAUUCGCACGGGCGCCUCCUUCUGCUUGGAAGUGUUUCAGCGACGGGCUGUGCUACAGCCCUGCAACACCGAUGAUGCACAGCUGUGGAUCUACAACACGACCAGUGGACAGCUGAGAGACCGCAACGGACUCUGCCUGGAGGCUACGGGCCUUCCUGUUUUGGAGACGCAAGCGAUUGGUAUUCCGGUGGCCAUGGGUGAUUGCCUCGAUGACUCCUCCGCGCAAAGCUGGGAGUACAAUGCAGACUCAGAGCAGGUGAAACUGAAGAACCUCGAUCAGUGUCUUGAUGCAGCUCAACCCGACACCAUCGGAGGGCGUGUACAAAUCUUCCUCUGCCACAUUGGAAAUCGGAACCAAGAGUGGACCUACUCGCAGGAUUUGUGAUUUCCAGAGGAAGCGGCUCAUCCCACGAAUCGUAAGUGGUUUAUAAUC